AUGAGGGGAAGAAAGGACGAAGAAAGAUCUCAUUCACUUACGUACACGACCAGAACACCGCUACGAUAUAGCAAAGGAAAAGACAAUAAUGAGUGGGAAGUGUGUACCAUUAUUCCGUCUUUUAGAAUUUGGGAUGAUUUUCCACCAUUCCGUCUCUUAGGACUUGGGGUAAUUUUCCGUCGUUCCGUCCUUAGGAUGUGGGGGAAGCCGGCGAACUGCUCAACGGCCAAAGAUUGUGAUAAAAACGCAGUUUGUAUGGAUGGAGGAUGCCAUUGUUUGGGCGAAUUUCUAGGAGACGGCAGAAAUUGCACUCGCAGAAUUAAAAAACUUCAUUGUAAUACAGUGGAUUUUUGCGGAGAUAAAGGAAUGUGUGUGGUUCACAAAGACCUUCCUAGCACUACCCUCUGUAAAUGCAUGAUUGGAUACGUGUUAAACGACAAGCAAAUGUGUGUCGCGUCAAACAUACCAUGUACAGACGACAAAGAUUGCUCUUCUAAGGCCAAGUGCGAGCAUGGACUAUGCGUUUGUCAAGGAAACCGAGUGGGAAACGGCCGCGAAUGCAGAGACGCCAAGCCAUGCACAGGGAAGCAUAAUUGUCUCGGAAGUAGUAAGUGUCUCGUUGAUCCAGUGAUGCCAGGAGAGAAACUCUGCAAAUGCCCACCGAAUCAAGUUCACCAGAUUGCCUCUAACAAAGAAUGUGUCGACUGCGUGACUGACAAGCAUUGUAAAGGUGCUGAGCUCUGUGAGGGUUUUAAGUGCAAGAGACCUGAUUUACAUCCGUGUGAUUCGUCCAAGGACUGCGAUAGAAAUGCCGAAUGCCGCGAUAAAAAGUGUCACUGCAAGGAAAAGUACGCUGGGAAUGGACUUAGUUGCACAGAGUCCUUACCGUGCCCAGUCGCACAUGAAUGCGAUGCCAACUCAACUUGUAUUAGAGAUCCCAACUAUCCUUAUAGUCCUUAUUGCAGAUGCAAAGCCCAUUAUGAGAAGUCUGAUGAUGGCGCCUGUAUAGAUAUAGACGAAUGCAAGGAUCCAAACGCUUGCCCAGCUAAGCAAAAAUGUAUAAACACGCCUGGUGCCUAUGAAUGUCAUUGUGAAGAAGGAUACGAGAAGGGAGAUGGUGACGAGUGCGUGAAAAUGAAAUGUAAAUGCGGUGCUCAUGGAUCUAAGUGCGACGAAGACGGAAAGUGUACUUGUAAUGAAGGAUAUGAAAAAAAUGGAGAAGGAGUAUGUACAG